UUCCUAAGUCUUGUUUGCUUUUAUGUGUUAUUUUAUUUAUAAUUUCGAAAUCAUGGUAAUAUAUCUAUGCCAGUAUGUUGAACAUAUACCAGAUAUAGGUGCCAAACCUCAAACAUUCCUUAACGUUCCUAUGCGAAGAAAUUAGCGAACUUAUUUUGUUUAUUUGAUAUUCUUAUUUUUAUGGUUUUUGGUAGAAAAAAUGAGCUUAAACAAAAAUUACUAGACGAUAUGGAAAGGGCUGUCUCAAAUAUAGAUCCAUUUGACGAAGAGAGAGAUAUCGUUCAGGAGAAUGCUGGAGAUAUGGAGGACGAUCUUGAAAGAAAGAAUGUCGAAAAAAACCCUAAAGCCAAUUUUGCUCCAAGGUUUGCAGGAGUGCCUAACCAAGAAAUUAUUCUCCGAGGGUUGGCUUCUACAACAGAUGAGAAACAUAUUUCAGAACUGAUGAGCCAAACAGGAGCGGAAAUUGACAGUAUUGUACUCAUACGCGAUAAAAUUACUCGUGAAUCAAAGUGUUAUAGCUUUGUAAAGUUCAUAUCACUGACAAGUUCGAAAGUAUGGAUGGAAAGGAAUUUUCCUUCAGUUCAUAUUGAUGGUAGAGACAUAAGUGUUCGCUAUUCACGAGAAGCUCGAGAAGAAAUUGAUGGAUGGAAAUGUGAAAAUUGUGAUUUGUUGAACUAUUCUUUUCGAGAUGCUUGCUUCAAAUGUAAAACUUUACGAUCGUAUGUUGACAAUACAGUAGGAAAUGGAAGCAAUGACGCUGGUGAUAUUCCUAGUUUAUAUCUUUUAUUAAGGAAUUUGGAUCGCUCUUUAACUGAUCAUACACUUUUUAAAGGUUUGUCGAAAUUGGAAUGCAACGUCCAGAGAUUAUUUAUGGUUCGACAAAAGAAAGACAAUUCCUUUUGUGGGUAUGCGAUUAUUGAGUUAGUGGAUGUUGACGAGACUGCGAAAACAUUAACAAAAAUACGAACAUUAUCAGGGAAGCACUUUACAAUCGCUUCUCGGAAAGUGUUCGUUGAUUAUAUCCAUGAAGGAGUGUUUAUUCCAGCUCAACAACAAGAUGAAGAUUACAAAUUUCCUACUAAAGACGGUUAUCGUGCUUAUUGGGACAAGAACCUAUACUGUUCUGUAUUUAUCCCCGAAAAUGUUGACCAAGAACAAUUUAAACCGAUUGGGAAGACAUUGAAACAAAGAAGAGAAAAGCGUACACGCUCGACACCCGCAGAACCCCCUUCAAACAAAAAGAUUGCUCUCACUUUGGCACGUUGGCAAGGUGCCCAGAAAGAACUAACAGAAGGUGUGCCUGAACUUACUGAAGAAGAAGAAAAGUAUCUUCUACGAUACGUUUGGAAGUCGAUGCUUAUCUGUGUCUUGUGUGAAAGAAAAUUUCACAGUUGGGGCCACGUUUUGAAGCACUUGACACAAUCUUCUCUGCAUCAGAAGAAUUUGAAUAGUAGUCCUCUUGUUACUGCUGCUGAAAGCUAUAUGAACCGUAUUCGACAAAUAGAACGUCAUGAUUAUAGAGAUAGAGCUACAGAGAGAAGGGCUAUCCAUAUUACUGACGAUGCUUAUUCUUUGAAAGAACCGAACUUCUCAUCACAGCCUGAUCAAUCCCCGAGAAGUCGACCUUUUAAAAAUAAGUUUACUGAGGAAUAUUCGCAUGAAUCAUCGGAACCUACAGCAUACCUGCCAGGUGUUGGCUUAGGCACUAAAAACGCAAAAAUAAAGAUAAACAUGACACCAGUCGAUCGAGUAAAAACCCGUGCUAGAUCUUUAUAUUUUGAGAAUCCUAGAUAAUGAUUUUCAGAUGUCUGAGAAGUCCGACUGAUUUUCUACUUUAUUUAUUUAUUGUUAUCGCAUGAAUUAGCAUUUAUUUACGAUGAUAUCCUGUCUGUUACAGAUUGUCACAAGCGAAAUCUCACACGCUAUGAGAAUAAAUGAUUAAUGGGAAAACAAAAACACAAUCCAGUAAAUAAAUGUUUUACUUUUAAUCGCAUAUUGCGAUGCGAAUAAUAAGAAUCGCAAAAACUCCUAGGAAUCUGAUUAACUUACGCAAGUUGUAUGAACAAUUGAUUCUAGCUAGAUCAGCCAAGUUUUCCAACCUGAAGAUUUUUCUUGUAGUUGCUCUUUAUUUAUAAUUAAUCUUUUUUACAACAAUAUUCUUUUUCUUCUUUCAAUUCUUUGCCUAACUGCUUCUUUGUUUUGUUCAUUACAUUAAUGAAUCCU